CAACAAAAUUGAACUCUGCUGUUUAAUUUUGGGCUCAUCUUGAUUGUUUUAAAGUGACAUAAAUUUAAUUAAUUUUGUUUUAAUAACUCCGUUCAGAAUUAUUGAUGUAUCGUUAGCAUGGCGACUGCAGAACCUAAUGAAGAUGAUAAUUUGGAAACUCUGUUAGCAAAAGCUACUAAUCCAUUGCAUCGGCAACCUGAUUCUGUAGCAGUAUCUGAUUUCUGUACUAUGAUUGAUAAAGAGCAUGAUGGUCCACAAACAGCUCUUCGAUUACUUGCCCAUAAGAUCCAAUCACCUAUUGAGAAGGAAUCCCUCAUGGCUUUGUCGGUUCUUGAGGAAUGUGUUAGAAACUGUGGAAUUCGAUUCAGAUCUGAAAUUGGAAAAUUUAGAUUUCUUAAUGAAAUGAUUAAAGUUGUUUCGCCUAAAUACCUAGGAAAUCGUGCCUCUACUAAAGUAAAACAAAAAAUAGUUGAAUUAAUGUAUAUUUGGAGCUUGGAGUUAAAAAAUGAAUCAAAGAUAGCUGAAGCUUAUCAAAUGCUUAAAAGACAAGGAGUUGUAAUUGAAGAUCCUGUAUAUAUAUUAAAUAAUUAUGAACCACCACCACCUCCGCCUCCUAGAGUAGGCAGUUCCAUUUUUGAAGAUGAAGAAAAAGCACAGCAACUGCAAAAAUUGCUUCGCAGUAGAAACCCUGAAGAUCUGCAAGCUGCAAAUAGAUUAAUUAAAAAUAUGGUUCGUGAGGCAGAUAAGAAAAUGGAAUUGAUGGCCAAAAGAUCUACUGAAUUGGAAACUGUGCACAAUAAUGCUUCAGUUUUAGAAGAUAUGUUAAAUCAUUACAAACCUGGGGAAACAUCAGAAGAGGAAAAAGACUUGAUGAAAGAGCUUUUUGAAAGUUGUGAAAGAUUGAGACCAAAAUUAUUCCGUUUAGCUGGAGAAUUGGACGAGAAAGAUGAAGGAUUGAGUGAUAUUUUAAAAGCAAAUGAUGAACUGACUGUAGUAAUUAAUAAUUAUAAAAGAAUUAUGGGUGUUUCUUCUGAAAAUGGAAAUAUUAGUUCAAAAGAGGCAUCUUUACUUGAUCUUGGAUCCCCUGUUCAACAGUCUCAGUCAAGUACUCAGACUGUCAGUUCCUCUCUGCUGGAUGAUCAAUUAUUGGCUUUAGGUUUGAAUGACUCUGCCAAACAGGUUCCUGCUGCCCCAGCAGAAAGGACUAAUGCAAUAAAAAAUGCUACUCACACUAGUACAUCAAGUUCCUUGGCAGAUUUGGAUCAAAUUUUUAGUAGCAGUGUCAAUACUGAAUCUCUUCCAUCUUCACAUCCUUCCAUAUCUUUGCCUGGAACAACAUCUGUGAUAAGUAAUAAUUAUUCCUCGAGUAUUUUUAGGAGUGGUGAUGCUCCCAAUAUACCUUCCUUAACUCCUUUACCACCUUUUUCUUUAGCAACUAAUCCUACUCCUCCAAGCAGUACAACUGUUACUUCCAAAGGCUUAGAGGAAUUGGAUGAAUUAGGACAAUCUUUACUGAAAAAAAGUUUGCCAGAUACGCCUGCUGUGAAAUGCGAAUUUCCUAGUGUACCUCAGAAAGUUCCCUUAAGUCAGCUUAUCCAACAGAAGUCUCAAUCUAAAGUUGACACAUCAAUUUUAAACACUACAUCUUCGCAAGAUAUUAAUGAUGUGCCAUGUCUGAUGAGUUCUUCACCACUCUCAGAUAAGAUUUCACCUGCUUGUAGUCCAGCUCACAGUAUUUUGUCAUUAAAAGUUAUUUUUGUUCCUCUAGAGACUAUACAACCAGGCACUUUGCAACCUUUAAAUCUUCAUGAAAAGAAUGGUUUAAACGUUGUCAUACAUUUUGGAAAAGAUUCUCCUCGCCCAGAUAUAACAGUUAUGGUUGUGUCAACAAUGAGUAAAAACUCUAGUCCUGUUAAAAAUGUUAGUUUUCAAGCAGCUGUUCCAAAGUCAAUGAAAAUUAAGUUGCAGCCACCAUCAGCUACUGAUUUGCCACCACAUAAUCCAAUUCUGCCUCCUGCAGCCAUAACUCAAGUUAUGUUAUUAGCUAAUCCACUAAAGGAAAAUGUUCGUUUUAAAUACAAAGUGAAUUAUACAAUAAAUGGAGAAGAUUACACUGAUAUAGGUGAAGUGGACAGCCUUUUAGCACCACGGUGACCUGUUAAUUUUUUUCAUUUUAUCCCCUAAUUGGUAUUUAUUUACAAACUGGAAAAAGUUUACUAUGCAAUAUAAUGAAAUGUAGUUGCUGUUGUUGCCUGCUUCUGUUAACUGGCAUUUUUAUGAUUAUUCAUUGUGAGUAAAUGCAUUUUUUAAUACUUUCCCAUACUACCUGUAUGAGUCUUACAGUUUGAAAGAAAGAGUUUCAGAAUAUUGUAUAAAUAAUACCCAAGAUAAUUUUAUAUAAAACUGCAUUUUUUUUAAAGUUAUGUUGAAUUAUCUAAAUGCUUAUUUUUAAAAUUUUGUGUUUAAAAAUUUUUUUUUUCUUUUUUAAGUUUUUAAAAAAAUUAAUAGAAAUAUUUAUGUGUAUGUGUUUGCUAUAUCUAUGAAUGCUGGAAAGCAUUUCCUUUCACAGAUUUGAUUAAAAAUAUACAAAAUUAAAUAUAUACCAAAUUAUUA